AUGGCAACAGAAUGUAUAAAAAACUGCUGUAAAUGGUGUUUCUGCGUGGAAAAAGAAAAAAAUGAUCUUUCCAUGGUGCAGGAAUCUGAAGCAGUAGCCGCAAGCAAGCCGACUAUUGUAGAGAAGCCUCCAUUGUCUUCUGUGUCAGUGAAGCGUCAAGUUGGCUGUUCAGAGGAUUAUCUGCUUUCUAAACUGCCCCUGGAUGGUCAGGAGGUACCAUUUGUGGUCCCUCCAUUCAAAUUGGCUUAUGUACAGCCAAAGAACCUUCCUAGUAUCUCACAUGCUGGGGGAAUUCAAGAAUCUGCCAGAGCCUCAUUCGGUGACCGGAAAGCAGAACUGCACGGCGUGUACCAAUGGCCCCGCUAUGACGUGUACAACCCAUUCUAUUUGGAGCAUCGAGUUUCGCCAGAUCUGAUUAGGCGCUUCCAAACAAAAUCAGAUAAUAGGAAAUUAUAUGGAUCAGUUAGUGAUUUAAGACCUAGUGCGUUGCCUGGAUCACUUGAUGUAAGCCGUUCAAUGUUUGAUCUCAGAAGCCCACCCCGAUUCAUGAAGAGAUAUGAUUCAUUUUCCAGUGUACCUAGCAGUACCUCUUCCAGGAAGGAUUCACAAGGCAGUAACAGGAGUCUAGAUACUAUUACAUUAUCAGGUGAUGAACGAGACUUUGGAAGACUGAAUGUGAAGUUGUGUUAUGUUUCUUCUGUAGAACAGAUUUGGAUCACAGUUUUACAUUGCAAAGACCUGAGCUGGCCUUCUAGCUGUGGGGAAAAUCCUCGUAUCCACGUAAAGGGAAUUCUCACGCUGCCCAAACCAGUGCAUUUCAAAUCUUCUGCCAAGGAAGGGUGCAGUGACAUUGAAUUUAUGGAAACUUUUGUAUUUGCUAUUAAACUGCAAAGCCUGCAGGCUGUCAGAUUGGUAUUUAAAAUCCAGACGCAGACUCCCAGGAAAAAAACAAUUGGAGAGUGCUCCUUGGCACUGCGGGAGCUCAGCUCAGAGGAGUCAAGUCAUUGGCUGGAUAUAUCUCCUCCUUCCAAAGCACCUGUGUGCCAUGCAGAGCUUCAAGUAGGAACUUGUUUUCAAGCAGUAAACAGGAGGAUUCAGUUACAGAUUCUUGAAGCACAAAACCUUCCAGUUUCAUCUACGCCGCUGUCUUCAAAUUUCUUUGUGAAAGUUGGAAUGGUUAGUACCGAAGGGAUGAUCUAUAAGAAGAAGACUCGUCUUCUGAAGUCCACUAAUGGCCAAGUGAAGUGGGGAGAAAUGAUGAUUUUUCCAGUUAGUCAAGCGGAACAAGGAAUUGGCUUUCUCAUCAAGCUCUACAGCAGAAGCUCAGUGAGAAGAAAACACUUCCUAGGGCAGAUCUGGAUAAGUUCUGAUAGCAGCAACAGUGAAGCAGUAGAGCAGUGGAAAGAUACGAUUGCCAACCCUGAAAAAGUUGUUGUUAAAUGGUACAGCAUUGGUCCAUCCUGAAGACUGGAGAUGAAACUGAGGACUGAUUUUUCUACAAAGAUAUUCCUACGCUGUUUAAAGUAGUAUAAAUAAAAAGAAAAAUGUUGUCUACAC